UCACCCUCUCUGACUCUCUCUCAGUUUCUCCGACCCAUUUCUACAUUGCUUUUCUGUGCCCUAUGAUAUCUGCUUGCGUCAUGAGUAAGGUUGAUGACGGGUCGUCUCCAAUCGGGUCGGAGUCUUAUCGGACUCCGUCUCCGUUUAAUCGGAGCAAUUCGUCGAUUUGCUUCCGACCGCGCAGCGCUGCUGCCCUUGCCCUAAAAUCCCAACCCGGAUUUCUCGAUAACGUGGCCGUCAAUCUCAGUAGGGUUUUCAUAUUCUCUGUCCUAGAUUCCGAGUUUGUGCUCGAGGCCCUCAGGACAGAACGCGAAAAAUUCGCAGAAGAAUUGCAACGCCAGAAGAUCCGUACUCUAAUGUCCAUGCGGUCACCAACCCAACAACGAUCCAAUUGAACAGCAUGCCGCCACAAUGACUCUUGGCCAUUCACAUCUUGAAGCAUGCGAAAUCAUGUUUACGGAGCUUGCGAAUUUCAUUGAUGAGGUUUCUUCAGAGACGGAGGGAAAACCAAAGUGGAAGAUUCAGAAGUCUCGCCGUGAAGAGCUUCGAAUCCAUAUUGCAAAUAUAUUUCGUGCUGUUGCUGAGAAUGUAUGGCCUGGCAUGCUGGCCCGUAAACCAGUUUUCCGUCUCCACUAUCUGAAGUUCAUUGAUGAGACAACCAGACAGAUCCUAACAGCUCCUACUGAAAACUUCCAAGAUAUGCAGCCACUCCGCUAUGCACUUGCUUCUGUUUUAAGAUCACUAGCUCCUGAAUUUGUUGAGUCAAAAUCAGAGAAAUUUGAUGUCAGGACUAGAAAGAAAUUGUUUGAUCUUCUUCUUUCCUGGUGUGAUGAAACAGGCACCAAUUAUGGUCAAGACGGUGUCAGUGAUUACCGGCGAGAAGAAGAACGUUACAACUCCUCUCAGAAUGCUCGGUCAAAAGAUUCUGUGGACAAAAUAUCAUUUGAUAAAGAACUGAGUGAACAAGUUGAGGCAAUCCAGUGGGCCUCCAUGAAUGCUAUGGCUUCACUCCUAUACGGGCCUUGCUUUGAUGAUAAUGCGAGAAAGAUGAGUGGGCGGGUUAUAUCUUGGAUCAACAGUUUGUUCAAUGAGCCUGCGCCUAGGGCUCCAUUUGGAUACUCGCCUGCUGAUCCUAGAACUCCAUCUUAUUCAAAGUACACAGGAGAAGGUGGCCUUGGAACUGCUGGUCGUGAUAGGCAUAGGGGUGGCCAUCAUCGCAUUUCUUUAGCAAAACUAGCUCUGAAGAAUCUAUUACAGACAAAUUUGGACCUGUUUCCUGCUUGUAUUGAUCAGUGCUAUUACUCUGAUGCUGCCAUAGCUGAUGGUUACUUCAGUGUGCUAGCUGAAGUCUACAUGCGCCAAGAGAUACCGAAAUGUGAAAUCCAGAGACUUUUGAGCCUGAUUCUCUACAAGGUGGUGGAUCCAUCAAGACAAAUCCGUGGUGAUGCACUUCAGAUGCUUGAGACACUUUCUGUUCGUGAGUGGGCUGAGGAUGGCAUUGAGGGCUCAGGAAAUUAUCGGGCUGCUGUUGUGGGUAACCUUCCUGAUUCAUACCAACAAUUCCAAUAGAAGCUCUCAUGCAAACUUGCCAAAGAUCAUCCUGAGUUGAGUCAGCUCCUUUGCGAGGAGAUUAUGCAAAGGCAACUUGAUGCUGUUGAUAUGAUUGCACAACAUCAGGUCUUAACAUGCAUGGCUCCUUGUGUUUGACGCGAGAAUCCGAUAAGGGUGCAAACUGUCUCUUUUGAGCGUGUGAUUGCGCAGGCGUGCCAGCACCGCGGGGUGCAGUCGUUGGGGUAGUCCCUUGACCUGACUUCUUCUUCAAGCGUUGUGGACGAGGAGAG